CCGGACUCACACAACAUCCAUCUUCAAAAUCGAGAGCGUAUGAAGUAGCAUCCUCAACGCCUACAGUACCGUGGAAUGGCCUAGUAGUCGCAGAUAGACUCGGGUACAGCCAGUUUUAGGAGGAAUCAGCCGCCGUCACGAUGUAAUAAGACUUCAAGGCCACCGGUCUGCCAAGAGGGAUGGUGCGGGCGACAAGUCGCACUUAUAACAAGCCUCAGGCUUAACUUGAACAAUUCGCUAAUCGCACGUCGAACACGUAUUGCAUCCGGGAGAACACACGCUGCCGAGUCUGAUACAAGUACUGUGGCUUCCCGCUUCCGUCUUCGAUUAGCCAGCUGAGGCGAGUCUCUAUUAUUGGACCGUCUUGGUCAAGUCCAACUGCCAGUGACAUGCACAAGACCAUGAGAAAGUUCUGUCUGCACUCCCUCCCCCAGUAAGAUCAUUUCUGCGAGCGCUAGGGUACCAUAAUGGCGAGUUCAAACUUUGGCACGGUGAUACGCAACGUUCGGUUACCGUGUGCAGAACAACAUUCAGAGACUCCUGCAUGGGACAUAGCCUGCCUUGGUGGCCGGGUGCAGAGUAUAACCUCUUCAGGGUCAUGCAUACCUCACGAUGAAGCAACAGUUAUCGAAGCCGACGGCGGGGUGUUAAUCCCUUCGCUGUGCCACUCGCACAUUCACCUCGACAAGUGUUUUAUACUUGGUCAGUGUGAUCCUUUGAUUACUGGAUCUUUAUCUGAGGCUCUCCAAGUAACAAAUAAAGCUAAAGCAGAAUUUCCAAAGGAUGUCGAUAAUCUUUAUGCCAGGGCGACUUAUCUCAUCCGAGAGAGCGUGGAGUCUGGUGUCACUGCGAUGCGAGCCUUUGUUGAGGUGGAUACAACAGUGGGAUUCACAUGUCUAGAUAUGGGACUUCAGUUAGCCAAAGAAUGGGCUGAGGUUUGUCAUAUCCAAAUAGUUGCUUUUGCCCAAGAAGCGCUUUAUGAGUCUGCCGCUUCAACAGAACCCGGUCUGAAUUACAAUCUGCUUUGUGAUGCUGUUUCUCGCCAAGGCAUUUCUGUCGUCGGCUCUGCGCCUUGGGUUGAACCUGACCGCGCACAUGCUCUCAAGAACAUCGAACUCAUAUUGUCUCUCGCUGAAAAACACGACCUACAUGCAGACUUUCACCUGGAUUACAAUGUCGAUCCGGAUGCCGCUCCGAUGGUUUGGGAUGUGUUGCAGCAGAUGCAUCAGCGAUCCUGGCGCAGAAGUAGUGGAAAACGUGUUACUAUUGGACAUGCAACCAGGUUGGGGCUCUUUUCGGGCGAAGAGUGGGCCGAAUUAAAACGCGCCACAGACACGUUACCGUUGGAGAUUGUCGCACUACCGCAAAGUGACACUUACAUGAUGGGUCGUGCGGAUUCUAACGGGAAAAUUCCUGUCCCGCUUGCAGGGCGCACAAUCAAUGCGCCGCAGGUUUAUCGCGAGCACGGAGUCCGUGUUGCGCUUUCUGUGAAUAACGUUGAGAAUGCCUUCACGCCCCAGGGAUCGCUCGAUCCCCUCACGCUCGCUAGUCUUGGCGUUGCACUUUUCCAAGUUGGCACAGAACCAGACUGGAGAGUACUUUUGCGAUCGGUGUCGAUAACAUCUAAAGAAGCCAUUGGCGUCAUAAACGGGGGAAAUACUAGUGGUGAAUCUGCGGAUGAAGGCGAUGGGAUUGUCCCCCGCAUUGGUGAUCCCGCCGAUUUUGUUGUAGUGCAUGGGGCGCGUCGAUGGCAAUCUACAGUGCUAAGCCCGGGAUUCGAUCGCACAACAUUUUACAAGGGCAACGUCGUAGCAAGACGGAGGGCUCGGAGGUGGAAUGCAAACACGGGUGGAGAGAUCAGCAGUUAGUCAGAAUGAUUAUAUGUAUUACACGAUUAGGCCACAGUUGGAGUUACAGCGUUUGCUGGCCUCAAGUU